CUGAAGGACAGGGGUUAUUUCUAGAAACUGCAGCACCUGAUCUUGAGAACAUAACGUGGUGUUCACAGAAACUGCAGCAAAACAUUUGAUAUACUCCCUUGUCAGAAAAGAUUUUUUUUCUGAGUUUUCAACACCAUAAAGGGACAAUUGUUAUUUUUAUGUUACCUGAUAUGUGUGCAUCUUUGAAAUGACCUUGGCCAGGUUACCCUGCAAGCUCACUAGGUGGCAGGGCUGUGCUUAUCAACACACUAUUUGGGUUCUCUGUGCAUUUGUAACGGUGACAAAAUGGGAGCUGGAAUGAAAUGUCAUGUGGCGAGGGCCUCCCGGUGGUUAGACCUGAUCACCUGGUGCAAGUAUUUUGAUGUGACACUACUUCAGCAACUUGUGCAUUGAUGAGGAUGAAACAAUGAUGAUGAAGAUGACUCAAACACUCAGUCCCUGAGUAGAGAAAAUCUCCAACCCAGCCAAGAAUCGAACCCAGGCCCCCAGGCACAACAAGCCGGCGUGCUAUCCACUGAGCUACAGUGGCAGACUACAGAAGCAGAUUUUAAGCUAAGAGUGAACAGUAAGUUCUGUGUUUCGGUUGGAGAACCCUACUGAUGAAGUAAGUAUAUUCAAGUGAGGCACAAAAGGUUUCGUGAUGGCUGAGAUUCACUGCAAGACAAUCCCAGAGCUGGUUGCCCAUCUGCAAUACAUAUGGAUGCAAACAUGGAACAUGUAAGGCUGUUACUGCAAGAAGACCAUCAUGUAACUGCAUGCAGUAUCAGAAUAACUUGAUUUGAAUCAUGAUGUGUGUCAUAAGAUUUUACUUGAAGAUUUAGGGGAAUGGAAACUAAAUGUAAAACUUGUAUCUGACCCACUAAGAGAUGGACUGAAUGAGGAAUUUCUGCUGAACUACUGGAUAGAGCUAGAUGUGAUUCCAGAUUUCUGUCAAAGAUUAUUGCUGGGGAUGAAAGUUACUGCUACCAUUAUGACAGAGUGCUGAAUGAUGGAGUCCUAAAAAACAAAAUCAGGUAACAGCCUUAGAGAACAGAGACAAUGUUGAUCACAUACUUUGAUAGAAAGGAUUAGUUCACCAUGAACAUAUUCCUUCAGAUUAAACAGUGAACCAAACUCUUUACAUCCAAGUCUUGAACUAUUUGCGACAAGCAAUUCGAUGUUGCUGCCCUGAUACGUGAUAUUCUCAAGAUUGAUUCUUAGUGCAUAACAGUGCAUGACCCUACACUGCUUUAUCUGUUACUGAGUACCUAGCUCGGCAUUCUGUUAUUGCUGUCCCAAACCUGUCAUAUUCGCCUGAUCUCUCACCUUGCAUUUGUUUUUCUUACUUCCUUGAGUGAGAAGGUGACUGAAAGGAAAGCUUCAUCAAGAUAUUGCAGGACAUCCAACGGUCUGUGACAUACGACCAUACAAGCAUCACAGUUGAAGAUUUCUCUGAUUGCUUCUGAGAACUCCACAGACCUUAGCAGCUGUAUAUAGGUAGCCAAGGGGACUACUUCGAUGGGAGCUAGAACAAUUAUUUCGAAGAAGUUGUCUGAACAUGUUGAUAAGGAAAGUUAUGGUUUAGCUGAUUAUCGUACUACAACAAUGUAUGACUAUCGACCUCACCAGCAGACAUGGACAAAGCCUGUCACUCCCAUUCCAGAACAACCUCAUAAGAAUCGCAUUUACUUGUCAGAGCUGACAGAUGGAAAUUCACCUAAACGGAGGGGUAUCAACAAGUUUUUUGAUGAUAAUCUGGGAGAUUUUUAUAGGAAUCGCACAGAAAAAUAUGAUCUGUAUGCUUCCUACAAUCCAGGGACUGGAGAGUACAGAAAUAUUAAAGAGACAAUAAACAAAUAAUAUCUUGAGGAUAUAUUUAUAUGACAGCAUUUACAUGUGUUGUUUCACCAUAAUUUAUUUGACAUGAAAAAGUAAACUUAGUUUUUCAACUAACAAUUUAUUGUUUUUCUUACAGUGUAUAUUGCAUGUAGAUGUAUUGUGAUUAAGGGUUUCUUUUGAGUUACACUGAAUGCAAGUCAGAGAGUUCAUUACUGCUUAUAAGGUUGACCAAUUAUGCAAAGCGCAGCCAAUGCAAGAGUGGCAAAACUAAAUGAUGAGAGAAUUUGUUUUCGUUUCUAUUCCGUACUAUUUAUCUUCAUUGUCUCUAUAAAAAUGUUAUCAGCCUAUCAUUUUUGUGUUCAAGUGACCAAGAGUACUUAUGAUGGUUAAUAUCCAGCAAAUAAAGUUUCUUCAUUUGAAAGUUUGAUUAGACAGCACAGUCUUACAUCCACUACAGUUUUCAUUUUACAUUUAAACUUUAAACAAUAAGGUUAAAGGUCUUUUUUCGUAAAUUUUAAUGUUCUGAAAACUUCAAAUUUUGCCUUUGAAAAUGCUUUUUUAUAUUUAUUUACUACACAUUUUUUUUCAGAAAUCUUAUUACAUAUCAACUGUUAUUCUGUUAUCUUUAAAGAUACUGUAUAAUCUCCAUUUAAUUUACCUGCAGUGAUAUAUAAUAUAGUCAUGUAAGAACACUAAUAGCUGCACUGUCAUUCACCCCACCAACAAAAAAUUUAUGCUCAGAAAUUACAGUGCCUGUAAAGUGGAUGUAGCAAAGACUUGAAGUAAAAGUUAGUCAAUUGUUAA